AACAUCAUCGGUCACGUGACCGGUGUUUCUUGCUACGUGUCUGUCGUGUAAUCCAAAAUCGCUCUCACCAAGUACCGUAAAUCCGGACUUCGCCACAUAUUUGACGUGACAACGUAGAAUAAGGCUGUCCGAGUAAAUCUGUGAUCUAUUUUAGUGUAGUUCUUCACCCAUCACAAUGGGGAUCAAAUUUUUAGAAGUAAUUAAACCGUUCUGCAGUAUCCUCCCUGAGAUAGCCAAGCCUGAAAGAAAGAUCCAAUUCAGGGAGAAAGUAUUAUGGACUGCUAUAACUCUCUUCAUUUUCCUCGUCUGUUGUCAGAUUCCACUUUUCGGUAUUAUGAGUUCGGACUCAGCCGAUCCCUUCUACUGGAUACGUGUAAUUCUCGCUUCGAACAGAGGCACGUUGAUGGAGUUGGGAAUUUCACCAAUUGUUACGUCUGGUUUGAUAAUGCAGCUUUUAGCUGGAGCGAAAAUUAUUGAAGUUGGGGACACACCAAAGGAUAGAGCGUUGUUCAACGGCGCGCAGAAACUGUUCGGCAUGGUAAUCACUGUGGGCCAAGCCAUCGUAUACGUGAUGACCGGCAUGUACGGAGACCCUGCCGAAAUAGGUGCCGGCGUCUGUCUCCUCAUCAUCAUCCAGCUCUUCGUAGCAGGUCUCAUCGUACUCCUCCUCGACGAACUCCUCCAAAAAGGCUACGGUCUCGGCUCCGGCAUUUCCCUCUUCAUCGCAACCAACAUCUGCGAAACCAUCAUCUGGAAAGCCUUCUCCCCAGCAACCGUCAACACCGGAAGAGGAACCGAGUUCGAAGGCGCCGUCAUCGCUCUCUUCCACUUGCUCACAACCCGUCAGGACAAAAUCCGAGCCCUCCGCGAAGCUUUCUACCGCCAGAAUUUACCAAACUUGAUGAACUUGCUAGCCACCGUUCUCGUUUUCGCCAUAGUAAUAUACUUCCAGGGAUUCAGAGUCGAUCUUCCGAUCAAGAGCGCGAGAUACCGCGGCCAGUACUCCAGCUACCCAAUCAAACUCUUCUACACUUCCAAUAUCCCAAUCAUCUUGCAGUCCGCUUUAGUCUCAAACUUGUACGUCAUUUCGCAAAUGUUGGCGGUUAAAUUCCAAGGGAACUUCUUGAUUAACAUGUUAGGGGUGUGGGCGGAUGUGGGAGGGGGCGGUCCCGCGCGCUCUUACCCAAUAGGCGGGCUGUGUUACUACCUGUCUCCGCCCGAAAGCGUCGGCCACAUUCUCGAAGACCCAAUCCACGCCCUGCUUUACAUCAUCUUCAUGUUAGGUUCUUGUGCCUUCUUCUCCAAGACAUGGAUCGAAGUCUCGGGAAGUUCGGCCAAAGAUGUCGCUAAACAACUCAAAGAGCAGCAGAUGGUGAUGAGAGGACACAGAGACAACUCCAUGAUCCACGAGCUGAAUCGGUAUAUUCCUACGGCUGCAGCUUUCGGCGGUCUCUGCAUUGGCGCGCUUUCCGUUUUGGCCGAUUUCUUGGGGGCUAUUGGUUCGGGAACCGGUAUUCUUCUAGCCGUCACUAUUAUCUACCAGUACUUCGAAAUUUUCGUUAAAGAACAGAGCGACAUGGGCGGAAUGGGGGCCCUACUGUUUUAAAACAAUCGAAAUAUCGUGGGCGCAAGCUUGACUGAUAUUGUGAUUUUUUCUUGUUACUUGUAAAAAUAUUAACUGCCGAGACUGGAGUUUUGUUUGUUGUAAAUUUCAUUUAAUUCCAGUUCGACGGUUAAUGUUUCUUGUCACUUUGUAGAUCAGUGAUGAAUUUUUUCUAAGGACGUUCAAACUAAUAUAAGGAAUAUUUUUUCAUUGUACAUUCACAUUGCGUUUUAUGGAUGUUUAUAUUUGUGAGUGGUUCUCCAUAAGACUUGAUCCGUACAUGGUUAUAUUGACUUCAUAAGACGGUUGUGUGUUUUGGUCAUUUUGUUAUAGAUUAUAAUUUAUUUUAAAUACAUCUAAUUUCCGUAGUGGGAGCUUUUAUUGUCCCUGACUACUUUCGGCAUUUGUUUUAUAGAUAACAAUAAAAUGUUUGGAACUGAUAAUGUUUUACAAA